AUGGAGUUCAGAAUCCCCCAAAAUCAUCGAGCCAUCAUUCUCAAAUCAGUAGAGAAGGAUUUGAGCGGAGUCCAUCUUGAAAGCAUCGCUACACCUAAAGUAGAGGCUGGCAGCGCUAUAGUGAGAAUCCUAAGUGCUGGAGUACUCUCAUACCAGCGCGAUAUCUACGAUGGAACCCGCGACUAUCCUCUUCCCAAGCCGCUUGUUGGAGGCUUUUGUGCCGUCGGCCGAGUAGUCGCACUAGGGCACGAUGCUGUGUCUCUUGAGGUCGGGAAACUUGUGUUUCUGGACUGCGUUAUUCGUGCGCGCGACGACUUGGACGCCAUGAUUCUGUCUGGCAUCUCGGAUGGGUUCAAUGAAAACGCCCAGAAGUUACUGAGAGACGUGUGGCGGGAUGGGCUGUUUGCGGAAUACGCAAAAUUUCCAUUGGAAAGCUGCGUCCCUCUCGAUGAAACAAGACUCUGUCAUGAACUGGGAUAUACAGUUCAAGAGUUGACCUACCUUGGCUAUCUUUUGGUGGCUUUUGGUGGUCUAAGAGACAUUAAGCUUGAGCCUGGGGAGACCAUCGCCAUCUGCCCAGCGACUGGUGGAUUUGGAGGAGCGGGAGUCCAAGUCGCCGUCGCCAUGGGCGCAAGGGUCAUUGCUAUGGGCAGAAAUGAACAAGAGCUGGACCGGUUGAGAAAACAUAUUCUAGGCGGAACCCCGGGUGCCAACAUCGAGACUGUUACGAUUACCGGAGACGAAGACAAAGACUCAGCUGCAUUACUCAAGUUUGGAGCCCUUGAUGCUGUGCUAGACUUUUCGCCAGCUGCAGCGAGUAAGUCGGCGCAUCUGAAUGGCGCAAUCAGGGCUCUUCGGCGCAAAGGGCGUGUCAGUCUCAUGGGAGGCUUUGGCGAUGGACCGCUGCCCAGCUUUCAAAUCAUUGCGAAUGAUAUCACGAUUAAGGGCAAAUUCAUGUACGAAAGGGACGAUAUGACGCAGUUUAUUAGGAUGCUGGAAAGAGGACUGUUCCCUAAAGGGGAGAACUUUGUGAUUCCCAAGAGUUUUUCACUGGACGAUUGGAAAGCAGCGCUUGAUAUGGGGGCUGAGUAUACAGGAGCUGGAAGAUUUGUUGUGAUUACGCCGUAG